AUGGAUGUUGAUGGUGAUACUAAUGAUGAUACAUCAUCUGAUGAUAUUGAUGGCUUAUUGUUUGAGACGUUUAGAGAUGUUGCUGAAGUAGGUGGAGUACACGAAGGACCAAAUGAAGAUGCUAAGAAAUUUUACAAACUCGUUGAUGAUGCAAAUCAAGAGUUGUAUCCUGGUUGUAGAAAAUUCUCUACAUUAUCAUUCACUAUCCGAAUGUACUUGUUGAAAUGUAUCCAUGGGUGGAGAAAUGCAUCGUUCACUGCUCUUUUAGAGUUGUUGAAAGAGGCUAUGCCUGAUUUGAGCUUUCAUGUCUCUUUCAAUAAAACCAAAUCUAUGAUAAAAGAUUUGGGGUUAGACUAUAAAAAGAUUGAUGCAUGUCCCAAUAAUUGCAUGUUGUUUUGGAAAGAGCACAAGAAAGAUGACUCGUGUCAUCAUUGUGGAGCCUCAAGGUGGAUUAAGUAUCCUGAAGUUGAUAAGGAUCUUGAAGAAUCUAAAAAAGCUCACAAGGUUCCCGCUAAAGUUCUAAGACAUUUUCCUUUGAUUCCAAGAUUGAAAAGACUCUUUAUGUGUUCAAAAACAGCUGGCAAGUUGAGGUGGCAUGCUGAAGAGCGUUCAAGGGAUGAUAGGUUAAGGCAUCCAACUGAUGGCCAAGCAUGGAAAGAAUUUGACACAAAACAUCAAGAUUUUUCUCUUGAAACUCGUAACAUUAGGCUUGGCUUGGCGAGUGACGGGUUUAAUCCGUUUAGGACUAUGAGUCUUUCACAUAACACAUGGCCUGUCGUAUUAACUAUAUAUAAUUAUCCACCAAGUUUAUGCUUGAAGGCAGAAAAUUGUCUGAUGUCGCUACUUAUUCCUGGACCACGAUCACCCGAAAAUGCAAUUGAUGUGUAUAUGCAGCCACUUAUUGAGCUAAAAAUAUUAUGGUAUGUUGGUGUAGAAACAUAUGACAUUUCAAGAAAUCAAUCAUUUCAGAUGCGUGCAGCUCUUUUGUGGACUGUUAACGAAUUCCCUGCAUAUGUUAUGUUAUAUGUUUGGAGCACUAAAGGGAAGUUUGCUUGCCCAACUUGUAAUCAUGAGACUUCUUCAACUUACUUAAAACAUAGUCGGAAGAUGUGUUAUAUGGGUCAUCGAGUCUUUUUGGAUUCAAAUCAUGUUUGGAGAUCAAAUGCAAUAUCUUUUGAUGGAAAACCAGAAUAUAGGUCUCCACCCUCCUUGUUAGACACAACAAGAAUUUUAAAAGACUUACAAGACAUUCCUGAUGUAUUGGGCGAGAAGAAAGAAAUGAAAAAAAAGGUUUGGUCCAUGGAAGAAAAAAUCCAUCUUUUGGCAAUUACCAUAUUGGAAGGAUAA